AGCUUCAGUUAGUUAUGAAGGGACCAGACGGAUAGGCAGAAAAUGUCCACCAUUAUUACGUUCAAAGACGUUGCCCGCUAUUUUUAUACCAAGCGGAAACAUACUCGCAGAACAACUCGGAAAUCAAGUUCGAGGUACUUCCAUUUAUUAAUCACAAUACAAACUUUUAUUAAUUGUUAUUUUUAAUUAUAACUUUUCAAUUAAUAUCAAGCUUACAGCAGAAAUGGAAUUCUAAUACAACUACAUCGUAUUAAUAUAUCCUUGGGUUAAAUCCUGAAUGUAUUCUAACGAUCCCGUUCGGUAUUAUCUGCCCUUUAAAUGUUUAACGUAUUUUUUCGUAAAAGUUAUGGCAUUUAAAUAUAAGUAUGAAUUUUAAAUACGAAUUAUGUGAUUAUUUGUAGGAAAAUUAUUCAAAAAAACAAAUUGAAGAAAGACGUACAAAGUUACGGUAAUACUUUUACAAUUAUUGUAUAUAAUUUAUUCUUUCGUUAUAUAGCUGUAUUUUUCGUAUAUAGUGCGUCAUCGAAUUAAAAGUUUGAAGGUUGUUUGUUACCUCAGUAUUUGCAACGUUUCCGAUCGCAUUUCAAUUUAUAGUUAUAAAGUAUGUCAAAAGUCAAAACCGUUUCGUAAAUGUAGGUUAUGUAUCCAUUGUUAUUGUUGUAUUUUCGCUAUUUUUUCCAAGUAUCUUGUUAAAAAAAAUUAUUUAUUAACAGGAAAAUUAAAAAGUAUCAUGGCUGUUACAUAAAAGAAUAUUUUAAGCUAGAUAAUUUGAUGGGUAAAUUCAAAAUGGAAAUAGCUAAACUCCAAACUGAAAGGGUCUUACCUCUUGUUGGGUAUAAAAUCAAAAAGAAAAAAUCAAAAAUUUUACGUAAAGGAGCCACUAAAAUACCAAAUCAUAUACCCGCUCUUUACAAUGUUGCUCAACAGGGUCAAUUUGAUAAGACAAGGAUAUCUUUAGAUACUAAUGUAAAUAGGUUUGCAGCUCAACUUGAACAGUUAGAUCAAUUAAUUGAAGAGGUAAGGCAGUAUAGGCCAGGAAACGAAAUCCUAGAAUCUCACGGACCCCUCAGAAAAAUACAAAAAAGGAAAACUACCAUAAAACAGUUAUUUUCGGCCGCUAGUAAAUUCCAAAGAAAUUUACACAGAGGUAUAUACUUGGCGUGCAUCCUCUACCAUGAAGACAGAGUACUAUUAACGAACGAAGACUUUUUACCUGUGAUCGAAAUCGACGAAAUAUUUCCCAGUUGUAUCCACACUGAUUUAUAUUGGUUGAUGAAAGUGUCUUGUAUAUGGAACGAAACGAAAGUUUUAAGAUUCGAAAUGGAAAAACAUAUCUCUUCGAGGAUACAUUUUCGAAAGAAGAUACUUUCGGCGGUCAUACAGAUGCAAUCGUUGCUCUGUCUUCAAGAUUUGGGACAGAUUUAUCACAAACCUUUGAAGGAUUCUCGAGGGACCAUGGUAUUGAGCAUCGUUAAUUACGUAAAAUCGCCCAGGAACGUUUCUCUAUUAAAUUCCAGAUGGUUACCAAUGAGCAAAGUGUUCAAGAAGAUAGUUUUGAGCGAUGAUCACAAUUUAUCUGAAAUGUUAAUGGCUAGCAUUAAACAGCAAAUUCACUAUCAUCAAGUUUCCAGUUUGAAGCUCAACAGAGGAUUGUAUUUGGCUUAUUUGAAAAUGCAAAGCUCGGUGGAUACUAUCGAGGUUAUUGUUAGUUCCAAAUCGCCCAAUAUACUACCUCACUGCAAAAUCAGGGAUAAUCCACACGUUACUUCUGAAGAAUGGGGCUACUUAAAACAACUUAAUUGUCCAGAAGUAGUUAACAACGCGUCAGAACUCCAAAAGAAUUUCUUAGAUUUAGUAACAAGUGCAUCGAAACGUUUAUUCAACUACAUGGAUGUAAACAGUGACGAUAUUAUAACUCAUCGAAUUUACGAAUCUAAUAUAAUAGAACUGAACGACGAAGUUAGUUUCAUAGUUAUCUGCCCUUCUGCGGAAUUAUCUUGCGCCGUACCCGGCCAAAGAGAAUUAUUAUUACAAAGAGGUGAUUUGUUAAGUUUACCUAUCAAGGUGUUCGAAAUGAUCCAUCUCAACACUUACAGACCGAGUAUAACGAAAAAAUACGCUAAAUUGAGUUGUAGUUUAGAGCUCGACAUCGCCUCUGCCGAUCACCUUCACAGAGAAGCUUUUUCCAAUAACGAAAUAGCCAUUGCCAAAGCGAAAUUAUUGAAACUUCAAGAAUUGCAGACGAAGAUGAACGUUAUUUGGAAUAGUGUUAGGUGGUUGAUGAGUGUUAUUACUUUUGCUAGGGAUCGAGUAACACCUGGUAUAUCUGUAAGGUGCCUGGUACAAACAGAACAAGAAAAUUUCACAACAACCGAUCUCCUACAAUUACCACCCGAAGAAAAACUUCUAAAACACACCCUCGGAAGAGGAUCUUGGCCUGGUCCAGGCCACGGCAUCCCCCCUUCGAACAUAAUAACAGAAUUCAGUAAAAGCGAACAAAAUUUAACCGUCGUCGAUUUCGGUACGAACAAUUACACCGAUACCAUUGAAAACGAAGAAGAUAAAAGAAGAAGUAGCAGCAUCACGCCGGCCAAAAGCGAAAACACGCUGUGUACCCAACAACGGAUCAGAGCUAAUACCAUAUGCAACAUGUCCUCUUCCGAUAUACCGAAACUAACAGCUAAGCAAUCGAACAGUUUGGCCAGUGUAAACGUUACCGAUACAUCGAAUAGUGUGAACAGUGUUAGUUCAGAUAGUGACUGCGGUGCGCAAACGUUUCUCGGUUCGUUUAAUAAAAGGCGCAGAUCGAAAAUGGUCAGUUCGAAAAGUAUGACCAACGUUAAACAGAAUAUUAAAUUAGAUAAAGUGAAAUCGACUAACAGAACGUUAUUGCAUCCGGAUUUGAAUUCGAGUUUGUCGAGGAGUUUAACCAAUUUUAAUACUUGUAUCGAUUACGAAACGUCGAAGUGCGUCGAAAGCGUUAAAGAUUCGGAUAAAAAGAGUAUUUCGUCGACGGUGUUGUGUCAACAAAUUGAAACUAAGAACGAAAAUGGUAUUUUACAAGUUUUCGCCGCUUACGAAACGGGAUUAGCCAGCGGAACAAGUCUUAAAUUACACGUGACACCGCAAACGACAGCCAGAGAAGUAGUGGAUCUCGUAGUAAAACAACUAAAUAUGGCAGUAAUUCUCAAGGGAAAAGACGGUCCUGUAUACGACGUUGACAAAUUGAAUAAUUUUUGUUUAGUGGCAGUGAUAGGCGCCAGAGAGCGUUGCCUUAGGGAUGAUUUCAAACCGUUACACCUCCAAAAUCCUUGGAGACAAGGGAGAUUGUACGUAAGACAAAAGCAAGACGUAUUAGCCGCUCUCGAACACAGUAGUAAACACACGUUAAUCAUUUAGCAAAAAAUUAAUAAACACAUACAUACAUGUUGAGUAGAUUCGUGUUGUAUAACGAAAUAUAUUGUAAAAUUUUUAUAUUCUGGAACGAAAUUUAAAAAAAAAGUCAUCAAAAUAACUUACGAAUUAUUAAAAAAAAAUUUCUGGUAUAGAACAUCAGAAAUGUUCGAGGAAUUAUAACAAAAGGGAACAGAAGUAAUAAGAUGAAAUUUGGACGAUAUAGGAUUAACUUUAGCAAAAUUUUAAAAAUGUCGUAGUUCAAACGUCCGAAUAUUAUAUUUCCAUUAAUUUUGAUCUGUUACGUUUAUUAACAUUUCCCUUUUACCUCAAAAAAAGGAAAUUUCCUUGACGUUUUUCGUACGUGGAGACUCUAGGUUUGGUCUGAAGUGGAAAAAGUCGUUUUCAACAGUCAAUUAGUGAUGGAUGUGAGGAUCUACUAGGUCUUAUGAACCUAGUUUGGGUAUUCGGUUUCAUUUGACAAUUCUAGAAGACGGAAGAGGUCGUUCUUCCCUCCAGGUUAUUACCUGAAGCUGUUGUCUCUGUUUUGAUUUCUCCAUCUUGCUAGAUCAUUAUUAAAAUUGCUUUUUUCUAAUAAAAAAGAAGAUUUAGAGGACUUUUUAUGUACAUGGAGACUUUAGGUUUUGGUCUGAAGUAGAUAACGCCAUUUUUACUGUAAAUUGAUUAUUGAUACGGGGUUCUACUGGAUCUUGUGAACGUAGUGACUGUAUAUCUUCUUUUCUAGCUUUGGACGGUCCUAUUCCCUUUAAUUUUUCACUUCAUUGUUGCUUUCGAAGACGGUUCGGGUAUUCGAUUUCAUUUGACCAUUCUAGAACACAGAAGAGGUCGUUCUUCCCUCCAGGUUGUUACCCAAACAAGUUGUCUUCAUUUUGAUUUCUCCAUGUUCCUAGAUCAACACUCUAAGUUGGUUUUUUUUUGCAUUUAAUGCUCCGGUGAUUAUAAUAUAGAACUGGCAAAAAUAAUAUCACGUUCUUCUUCUAUAAUGGUUCCUAUGGUGAUAGCCUAUGGGAAAUGACUGAGUUUCAAACAUACAUUUUGAUAUUGACACACAGUUAAUAAACGUAUCAAAUUUUUUUUUACUGAUAUGUACUAUUUUACAAAAUAAUUAAUCUACAUUCCAUAAGUGAUAUAUAUUUUUUAUAUUGUAAAUAUUUUUUAUAUUUCGAAUUUAUUUAUUUAGAAGUAAUUUACGUUUAAAUUUUUGGAAACAGAUAUUUUUCACGGGGUAAAUAUUUAGAUUAUAACAAAAUUCGUACGCUUGGGGAUGCCCUUCAGCAUUUUGAUGUAAAAGAAUUAUCACAUCCCUCUCAAACAGAAGUUUCCAUACUUUUUUUCCCUCUUAAACCAUUUUCAAAACACUUCUUAUUACUAGUUAUAGUCGAUAAGUUACACCAUAUUAUAAACUCGCCAUAAAAUCAAAUCUAAUUAUAAGGAAAUUCAAGUACACUCAUGUUGAGUUUCCCGUGUACCCCUCCUGGACCACUUUGAAAAUCACUGCAGUCUAAAACAUAAAUUUACUGUUUUAUAUCACAACUGUUCCCCAAUUAAAGCUCCGUUCCUUCAUCAUCAUCAAUUUCUUAAAUAUCGGUCCUUUUUUAUAUUUUUUUUUGAGGAAAUAAUUUUUAUUUUGGAGUAUUUUUGACCUAAUUUCAGUCUUUAUCAAUUUUUUUUCCUUUUCCAGUGAUUUAACCUAAAGGGUUUAUCCUCCCCUAUUCUAACAAGUCUGCUAGUUCGUUUUCCUCCAGUUUGGUGUGUCCUGGAGGGUAAACUUGUUUGUGUAGGUGCCGAAGACAAACUGAUGAUGUAGUCUCCACCAAAAGUCUUAAUUCGAAUUGAUUUCCUACAAAAAAUUUGUUAUUUAUCAAAAUAGGCCUAAAAUCGAUGUUAUUUAAGCACCUUAGUUUUCUUUUUUGUUCUUAAUCCUGGAUUCCAUUAAAGUAUUUAAUUAUUUUGUUGUGUUGGUACCGAGAAUGUGAUAAUUCUUUUUAAACGUUUAGUAAAUUCACAUUUUAAAAUUUAUUCCAUGCAUAUAUUUAUAGAGACUUUAAACCAAAGUGUGAUAGAAAUUCAAUUUUAAAUAGAACACAAAUAUAUCGUUGUUAUUUUUAAUCUAAAUAAAUAUAUUAACAUAUUGUAUAUAUAAAAUGAAUGUUUGUAAAUAAAAUGAUGAAAUUGA